CUCAUGACGGACUUCACGCCGCCCGCGUGGAUGCAGGCCCUGUCGGAGACGAAGAGGGGCGCGGACGAGGGCCCUGGCUCGGGGGAAAAGCCUUCGAAGCACGCGAAGGGCGGGGCGAAAGGCGACAAGAACGAGAAGGACCUUACCAAGGUGCUCAUGCUUCUCCUCACCAAGCUGUGCCUCACCUCGGCGCGAGAGCUCGCCAACCUAGCAGGUGCGGUCUACCAGACGUGGGAGCUUCUCGAAGCCAGCGACGGGGUCACUCAGCUCAUGAUCGAUUCAGGUCUCAAGUGCGACGAUAUGUCCAAGCAGAUGAAAGAACGGCAACGGGCAGGCGAAAAGGUAGACUUUCGCACUCGUGGAUCUCCUCACGUGCAGCUGCGGGCCUCGGUUUGCCCCAACUUGGUCACCAGCGCGAAGACGUUCAUCCAGGGCAGAGAGGAGUAUAUCGAGUCGGAGACCGUGGGCAAGCACGCGCUCCACUUUCGUGAUCGGAAGUACAAGGGGCGGAAGAACGAGACGAGUGGCUCCGCGAGCCAGCAGCAGGCGAAGAAAGGUCGCUUGACUUUCGCCUUCAUUUGCGACGAGCCUGGCAUGCUGGCCAGGGAGUUGAUCACCUGGUUUCUCAAGCACGAGGAGGACCAGGAGAGAGCGGAGCAGUUGGUCGGCCCAGCCCCGAAGGGACCGCUCGAGCGAGAAGCCGCAAGGAUCCUGAAUCUGAUCGAGGUGAAAUGA